CCCGUAAAAUCAUCUGCAAAAAAGCAGAUCCAUAUCACGAAGAAACUUGAAACCUCUAAGAAAACUGCUGCCGUUGAAGACUCUGAAGAUGAUGAAGACCAAGAAGAUGAGGAGGAUGAAGAUGAAGAUGAAGAGGAAGAUGACGCUGUGAAGCCAGUUCUCAGGAAGGAGACGCCUGUCACAAAGAAAGGGGUUUCUAAAAAACCUGCGAUCGUGGAAGAUUCUGACGAAGAUGAAGAAGUUAGUGAUGAAGAUGACGAAGAAAGUGAUGAUGAAGUUGCUGCACCUGUAAGGAAAGCAGCUCUGCAGAAGGGAGUGCCUUCCAAUUCCAAGUUGUCAGUUCCAGACGAUGAGGAGGACGAAGACGAAGAAGAUGAUGAGGAGGAGGAUGAGGAGGAGGAUGAAGAAAGCCUGGAGGAUGAAGAACAAACAGAACCUAUAAUGAAAACACCAGCACAAAAGCCAAAUCAGAAGGAAAUUAAAAGUGCUCUAAAAAGUGAUAAGGGAUCGGAUCUCAAAAAGAAGGUCAACGUCUCGGCUGCUCCAACUCCAUCCACCUCUUCCAAGAAGAUCCCACCAACACCACACCCUUUAAAGAAAGGAGCAAAAGAGAUUCCGCGAGCAACGCUAAAUUUUGAUGAUGACAGUAGCGAUGAAGAUGAGGAGGAAGAUGAAGAGAUGGAGCUAGAUGAAGGUGAAGAGGAAGAAGACGCAGAAGAAAAUGAAGACGAAGGAGAGGAUGAGGGCGAAGAUGAAGACGAAGAAGAGGUGAAUGUUGUUUAA